AUGCACAACUUGACUUGUAUCCGUGCAUCAGUGGUGCAGUUGUGCGGAGACAGUGCUCUUGCAGUUUACUUCCCUCGACGGCUGACGAUCGACGCAUGCUUCUCGAAGGACUCACGUUGGCUCGCAGUGAGCAGUAAUCAUGGGACAACUCAUGUUUUCCCCAUCACACCCUACGGCGGUCCCAUAACAAUACGCACCCACACCAGGCCGCAGGUCGUGAACCGUGCCUCGAGGUACCAGCGCUCCUCGGGCUUGGAAGAGCACCACCUUACCCGACCUCAGCCCUCGCGUUCAGUGGAGCUAUCUGCGACGCAGGCCAACACCGCGAUCGAUAUCACCGGCAGUAAAUGCAGAGCCACGGCUCUAGGUGGUGUCGUCAAUCCGGAAAGUGUGCCCGUUUGUCCCAGCCUUGGCGUCUCCGGCGUUUCCGCCAAGGGCCCCAGAGAAUCUCCAUCUUCUGACGAAUCGAGCUGGUGCGCAUGCUCUCCAAAUGCCGCAUUCAGCACGAUAAACCCUCGUCUACCGCCCUACCCCGAGCCAUGUGAACUCCAGCCCGAGGCUCGACUGAGACCUCGUCUGCCCUCCCACACCUCCGCCUCCGGUUACACCGCCGCCGCUAUCAAUGCCGCCACCGGCGCGCUUGAUGCUGUGUCCGGUGCUGGUGCUUCCGCCGUCGCCUUACCGUUUCCACCCUACCCUCCUCCCUACCACGUGCCCGGACGAGCUCCCCAACCAGCCAACAUGUCGGCUCUUCGAAUGGCUGCCUCUUUCCAGUCGCCUGUUUGUUGCAUUCCAGUUCAGCAAGGCAGAACACCUUCUGGCUCCCAAUUUAAGCGCCCAGAUAUCAGGGGGAUCCGGUACUCAGAGUCCCUCUUCGUAUUGACUUGGGAUAUGCACUUAGUCGAAUAUGAGCUUCUUAUAGCGCCAACUGGAUCGGACGAGAAAGUAGGUCAGGACAGUCCAAUCAAGGCGUGCUGCUCGCCCCUCGGCCAGUGGCGGCUGCGCACGGACACUGCCCUCUGCGUGCCCCCGUUCCCCUCAAACCACCCCCUGCUCACUUUACUGCGUCCUCCUCCGCCCCCACCUCUCCCGUCGUCAGUCUCUGUGGCCGCAAUUCCCCACAGGCAUCCAUCUCCUCUGCCCGUCGAGGAAUCCCCGCUUGACACCCUGCCGGGUCUGUUUCAAUAUGCUCUCCCAAAUUAUAGUCACUUUGUGCCUAAUCCAGAAUCGACGACGCUCUCAACCGCAGCUAUUGACGUCCCAGAAAAGCAGGGGAACUCCUUCGAUGACGUCACUUCAUGUUUGACCGGAAGUGUCAAAAGUUGUCGCUCGAUGACGGCUGCUCCGGAAGGCUGGCCCAAGGAUGACGCUUCAUCCUAUUGGUACAGUCAAGUGGAACUGACAACCCACUUGGGACCGCUACGACGAAUUUGGAUGGGCCCCCAAUUUACCUUCAGGUCCUAUCCAUUCGAUGUGAGUUUCUGCACAUAA